ACACAUUUAAAAAUACCGCUUUCAUUUAUACAGAAAAAGAAACAUAAGUAGGUGGCUCUACUGUUGUGUUCUUCCUGUUCUUUUAAUAAAUCGGACUGUAAAAACGUGAAGAAACAAAAUGACAAACUCAAAAGGUUAUCGUCGUGGUACGAGAGAUUUGUUCUCCCGAAGAUUUAGGCGGCAUGGAGUUAUUCCACUUUCUACGUAUAUGAAAGUAUACAAAGUUGGGGAUAUCGUUGACAUUAAGGGUAAUGGUGCAGUCCAAAAAGGUAUGCCACACAAGGCUUAUCAUGGUAAGACAGGUCGUGUAUUCAACGUUACUCCACAUGCAUUAGGUGUGAUUGUAAAUAAACGUGUACGAGGCAGAAUAAUCCCAAAAAGAAUAAACAUUCGUAUUGAACACGUAAAUCACUCAAAAUGUAGACAGGACUUUUUAACUCGCGUAAAACAAAACGAAAAACUUCGUAAACAAGCACGCGCAAAGAAUGUCCGAGUUGUAUUGAAACGGGAACCAGAUCAACCACGACCAGCACACAUUGUCAGCGGCAGAGAAGCGCCCAUUCAAUUAGCGCCAAUUCCAUAUGAAUUUAUUGCUUAAAUUAUGUUUAAUGUAACAUCUUAAUAAAAAAUUUAUAUUUAAA